CGACCUCAUCCCAACCAUCUCUGAACCCAACCAUGAUCCAGGCGUUUCUUCAGCGUCUGGCCCGCUGGCUUGACCGGCCCUUCUUCCCAUGGAAGAAACUCGUCGUCGGGUUCUCCCUCGCCGAAUUCGCUCUCGAGAAUUGGCUGCUCUUCCGCCAAUACAGUGUUCUCCAGAAGAAAACCACUCCCAAAGCUCUCGAGAAUGAAAUUGAGAAGUCCACCUUCGAUAAAUCCCAGGCGUAUGGUCGUGCCAAAGCGAAAUUCAGCUUCGCCUCUGGUCUCUUCAACCAAGUCAAGUCUCUCUCCAUCCUCUACUUCAAUGUCUACCCCGCCGUAUGGGCCGUUGCUGGCAUGCUUCUCGCACGCUAUGCUCCGGAUCGGUUCUCUGGUGAAAUAUCGCAGUCGCUUCUAUUCGCAUACCUCUUUGGGUUGAUUGAACUGGUCGCGGGGCUUCCUUUUGCAUACUACCACAGCUUCGUGCUGGAGGAAAAGUUCGGUUUCAAUAAGAUGACGAUCAAGCUUUGGAUCACCGAUAUGCUCAAGGGUCAGGCACUGACGAUCGCCUUUGGUAUUCCCAUUGGAAGUGCUUUCUUAUCGAUCAUCAAGAAGACGGGUCAGAGCUUCUUCUACUAUCUGUGGAUGUUCAUGCUGGUCGUUCAGGUCUCCGCCAUCACCAUCUAUCCCAUCCUUAUUGUCCCACUUUUCAACAAGCUCGAGCCUCUGAAGCCUGGAUCGCUGAAGGAGGCUGUUGAGGCACUAGCCUCACGGUUAAAAUUCCCACUUGGUGAACUACAAGUCAUUGACGGUAGCAAACGAAGCGCUCACAGCAACGCAUAUUUUACCGGCCUUCCUUGGAAGAAGAAGAUCGUCAUCUACGAUACUCUGCUUGAGAAGAGCUCUGACAAGGAAGUUGAGGCCGUCUUGGCACACGAACUUGGUCACUGGAAGAAAGGUCAUACUACGAGACUGCUUUUGAUCAGCCAGGUUCAUUUAUUCUACAUAUUUGCCCUCUUCUCCGUCUUCAUCAGCAAUAAGUCCGUAUAUGACGACUUUGGCUUCCACAAGUCGCGACCCGUUCUCAUCGGCUUUCUCCUCUUCAAUGAAAUCCUCUCACCAACGGACGCCAUCUUGAAGUUGUUGAUGAAUAUCAUGACUCGAAGCAUGGAGUUCGAAGCUGAUGCCUUUGCUGUCGACCUUGGCUAUGCCUCUGAGCUUGGCUCGUCCUUGAUUAAGCUCCAAAUCCAGAAUCUGUCCAGCAUGGAUGCUGAUUGGCUGUACUCAAGCUUCCACUACUCGCACCCCAUCUUGACAGAGCGACUGAAGGCAAUGGGCUGGACCGGAGAUAGGAAGGCUGUGCAUGAUAAGUCCGUGGAUGAGGAGAAACCAUUGAAGGCAGCGGACAGGGAGCUUUGAUUGGAGUCAUCCAAAAGCGUUGCAUUAGACGCACAGGGUCAUGGAUUCGGAGAUCAAAAAGUACCGGAAAGGUGCUUGGUUUGGGUGGAUAGGGUUGGAGGCCAGGGCAUAGAAAAAAAAAACCCCGGCCAGUUUUGGGACCU